AUGCCAACGGAGUUCCAGGAGAUCAGUGACAGGGGAGGUGGCUUCCCCCACCCGGAGACGUGUACUCUGUUUAAAUAUCUGUACACCACUGCCAAGCUGCCCAUGCACAUUUCUACCCACGGAGGAGACUCUACUCCUCUGGCCGGCUACGGAUACGGACUGCCUCUGUCCAGAAUAUACGCGAGAUACUUCAACGGGGACUUCAUCUUGUGUCCACAGGAGGGAUUGGGUACAGACGCCAUCAUUUACCUCAAUGCGUUCUCAUCACGUAGCUUCGAGCAUCUUCCAGUGUUAAACUCGGACACCAAACGGCAGUACUUGGCACCCAGACUAAGUCAGACUGGACUCAUCCUCCUUCACAGAAGCAGAUGACGAACAGCAGCGAGGUAGAAGAGAAGAAACAUCCUGGAAAGUGACCUGAUGACGUACUCUCGAAGUUUUUGACAACCAACGAAUCCACCUGAACUUUUUCCAUAAACUCAGAACACAGCAGUAGCCAUUAGGGAUUUUAAAAAAUUAUUAUUGCUAUUUCAAACUUCAUCAAUCUCAGAGCAGAUAGUGACUGAUU